AUGUUUUCCAAUGAAUUCUAUCACUCACCAGCGGACUCGCAUGUUCGUCACAGGCCAUUGAACGAAUCAGUUCAACAAAGUUGGAGAUUACCAUCACCAGCAUCUGCACCUUUUGUCCUGGAUCUUGCCCAUCUGGACGACUCGGCUCAGUUGAAGUCGUCAGACCCACCAGAAACCACAGUUGCAUCGACCCUGUCAGGCUGGUUUCCUGGAAUACCAAGUCCAGGCUCGGUCUUUAGUUCUCCCCGCAGCCAGAGAUCCAGCAUCAGCUCAGUCGAAGGACAGAGCCAUCUAUCAUCAUUACAUCCGAAUCAGUUCUUAGCCAGAACACCUUUCCCAUCGGAACUCAUCUCUCGGGACUGUGAACCAGCAAGCUCUCCUUCACGCCUGGUUCAAAGAAGUUCCCCGCAAGCCAUUGCAGAAACCUCACAGACGUCAGAUUAUCAGUUAUUACCUCAGUCGAUGCAUCCCGGAUCAGUAGCAUUUCUGACGACCAACAUGGCACACAACUCGCAGAAUUACAGCUGGCAAAACCGGCCGCCACAACCUCUCCAUCCCACUUCAAUGGCCAUGGACCAACAGUCAUAUCCCCAGGCACAUGCCCUCCCGCCACAGCAUGCAUAUCCCGCUGCAUACCAACCUCAGCACACUAGCUCCCAGAGCUACUAUCAACCAGGACUCCCUUCCUCACAUUAUCUUUCCUCGCAGCCAGGUGUGCCACAUAGCCGACACCAACCCCGAAGUUCUUCUAUCCCAUACCCGUACCCCAGCGCUUCCGUGUCCGGCAGCCCACCCACAAUCCCGGACCCAUCUUUCACAUCAACACCUCCUUCCUACCUUGUCAAUCAACCAGACUACUACUUAACACCAAACUCUUCGAUCUCACAAACCCCCAACUCCAUGCCUCAACCACACGCCCUGAUGCCUGCGGGCACCGUAUACUCCUCUCCCGAUUCCGCACCCAGCUCCUCAGACCAAGAUCAACAGGUACGAGUCAUCAGCUUUCGACCCAAACCUCAAUGUUGGGACCACGGAUGCAACGGCCGUGAAUUUUCCACCUUCAGCAAUCUGCUCCGACACCAACGGGAAAAGUCAGGGGUGGUUGCCAAAGCAGAAUGCCCCAGUUGUGGUGCUGUAUUCACACGCACCACCGCUCGGAACAUCCAUGUUGCUCAGGGGAAGUGCAAGGGCAUAGCCAGGGAGCCGUCCGCUGAAUAA